AUGCUUGACAUUGUGUCAGCUCCAGCCACCCAGCUACUAUUCUAUACUACUACCAACAAUCAUCUCAACACAUAUCCUCAACAUUAUCAAUUUGUUUCGCCACAAAAACUGUAUCCCAAUCAAUCGUCGGUUUCAACAACACCAUCACCUUCUUAUGAUGGCUCGGAAUCGCCAAAGUCUUCGGUGAGUUUAUUGAUUUUUUUUAUUUGAAUAUUUUUUUGCAUAUUUUUUUUAAAAAUAAUUUUGAAAAUGUUCAUAGUCCAAUUUUUUCAUAGAAAAAUUUUAUAUUGUAAAUUUUUUUGUUCAAAAAAUUUGAUAUUAAAACCUCUCUUACUUGAAACAUUAUUGAAACAAAAACAUUUUUUUUUUUAGAUAUUUUCAAAAAUUUCUGAAUUUAUUUUGGAAAAUUUGAAAAAUUCAUCCAGACAAACAAACAAAUCCGUGUGUUUUGUUUUGUUAAAUUGAGUUUUGGUGUAAUGUGUUAUGCAAAUUUCUCAAAAACAGGUGAUUUUCAAUGAAUGAAACCACCCUCGCUUAAAUUUUACUAAAAAAUUUUUGAUUAAAAAUCAUAACACAAAAUAAAAAUCGCAAAUAUUCGCCAAUCUCUGCGAUUUUCUUUAUCAGAAACCUGUUCGUUACUGAUCUCUGUGUAAGAUAAGCCAUUGGCAUCAAUCAGGUUCCUUUAGAUUUUUCUUACCUGCGCAAAAUUUGGCGACGAAUAUUGUCUAUCUCUUUUCUCUCUCUGAUAUUUCCACAGUUUAAUCUACUGAUCUUAUCUAUCAAUAUAUCUAGUCUUAUUUCUCUAUUCAUUCUUCAUUCUCCAAACUAGAAUCUAGUUUUCUUCAUAUCACCAGUUUUCCAUGGGUUCAUUAUUUUAUUACAUAUAUGUAAACAAUACUUUUUUCCAGGUAGCCGUGUCAGCAAGCAAAGAGCGCCGAAUAUUUGAUCUACCUUGUGCAAUUUGUGCGUGUCCAGCGACUGGCUAUCAUUACAAUGUAAGUUUUAAUUAGCUAAUUAGAAGAAGAUGACGAUUUCGGUUCGGUUCCACAUAAUUAUUUAUAUUUUAUGGCUUUUUUUUGAAUGACUGUGUAUGGUUUGAUCAAACUACAAUUUUUUGAAGGUCGCACUUUGUUUUUAAAGGGGGAAUUGUGUUUUUUAUAAGAACACAAUGGGAGAAAUAAAAUAGAUGAUACUGUAAUAAUUUAGUAAGUAUAGCAAACCAAAAUUUUGUACCCCAUUAAUUUCCAGGUAGCCUCCUGCAAUGGUUGUAAAACAUUUUUCCGCCGCUGCGUCUUGUCAAAAAGCGUAUUCCGAUGCAUCCGAAACGACUCAAAAUGUCUCGUUGAUCCCCGACAAUAUAAUGACGGUACGAUCUUUUUUUGGUCUUUGUUUUGGCCACUAUUUUGUUUUCGAUCGAUCAGUUUUUUGAACUAUAUACAUAUAUUUUCCAGGCACUCGAAUCAAAUGUCGAAGUUGUCGAUUGGAACGAUGUGUUCAACAAGGGAUGCGGAAAGAGGGUACGGUAGAAAAUAUAGUACAUCCAAAUCAAGUUGUUCUUUAAUUUCAGCAGUAACUUCUGGAUAUCUUGGAUCAUCUUCGGAUAGCAAAACAUCUGUAAACCCAAGCCCUGUAUGUUGAACAUGUGAUCUCAAUUGAUAAACAGUAAUUUUUCAGGUCGUAUCAGCUGAAUUGCAGAGUCUCAAAGAAUGCUACAAAAGUAUAAGUCGUCUAAGGUGAGUUUUAUCAUUCUCGAAAAAAAAUGGGGCGAAAAAAAACUUCCUUGUCGAGAGAAUUUGUCUGAUAAGCGAAGAGAAAAAAAGAGAUGGUUUUUGAAACGUUCAUGAUCAAAAACAAAUUUUGCGAUAAAAGAAAGAAGACACAAAACUUUAUCUACGAGAGAAAUUUUUUUUCAGAAACUCGAAAAUAUCUCUGGAUGAACUAGACACCGAUUUGGAGACUUUGCUAACAUCGAUUGAUGGACCAGAGGUAAUUUUUAUACAGAAAUUAUUUUACAACAAAAAUUUUUGUUUCAAAAUACAAAAAAAUAUAUGGAAAAUUGUUAUUCCCCUCUAGAAAAUCACCUAUUGCUCAUGUUAAAAGAUUCCUCCAAAAAAACAUUGAAACAUAUUUUUCAAAAUCAAACUUUUCAAUUUCUCCCCCUCCUCAAAAAAAUGUGUGUUUUUUGUCCAAAGCCCAACAAAAAUUGCAAUAAAAUUGAAACAUCGGUUUACGCUUUUAAAGUUCAAUUGCCGACCAAAUAUUUGAACUCAAAUCGGUUUGUUCUAGUGCAGUUGUAUUUUGCUUUGAAAUACACCCCGUAUGUAAACAAAUAAUGAAGCAAAAAUUGAAAUUUUGCUGCAAACAAUACAAUACAUUUUUGUUCUUUUGUUUUUUGAUCUACAUAUUUCUUUAUUUGUUCAAUUUCAAUUUUCAGAAAGAGGAUAUCGAAAAUGCGGAUUAUAGCAAUUUCAAGCGGGAUUUGCCUGAAUGGCUCACAAUUGAUCUCAUUUGCUCCAUUGAACUUGCCAAACAAUUUAUAGAUUUUGAUAAAUUCUCAACUUCGGAUAAAUUAGAAGUCUUGAGAAGUUCAUGUUUCACAAUUGCUAUUGCGUUUCAAGCAAUUGAAAGUUAUUUCAAAAAUCAGAAGAAAAUUAUCAUGCCAGAUGGAACUGAUAUUGUUGAAAACUUCAAAAGCAGCUCUUCAGAGUGAGUUUUCUUCAUAUCUUUCUGGAUUGAUUGUUUAAUUUAAAAAAAAUCAAUAAUUAUAGUGAAUAUCACCAAAUGUUUGUCUCAAUUAUGGAUCCACUUCAUCGAGAACAAUUCACAUUGGAAGAACUUAUUUUAGCACUUCAACUUAUGUUUUACACAGUUGGUGAGUGAAAAAUGAAUGCUCAACCAUGCAAAUGUUGAUGUUUAACUUAAUUUUUGAACUUUUUGAACAUCAUUAAGAUUUUUUUUGAGUUUUGAUUUUUGUUCUCGAGGUUGUUACAAACAUCUAGACAUAAGAAGAUUCUAUUUUCUAACUUUAUUGACACAAAGUUCAGAGAUGCGUUAAUAUCAGAUUCUACUUUGUUUCAAUUAACUUCGGACAUCGGAAUGAGAUAUUUUAGAGGUCUUUUGUGAACUUCAGGGAUUUCUAGAAAAUGCUUCAAUUGUUGUCUUUUGGGAAUCCAUUAUAAAAAAUGUAAUUAUAUUAAAAAUGUAUUCGUCAGAAAAUUUUUUAUUAUGAAUUCUUCAAGAAAUCUAUCAACUGUGAAAUUAGAAAAAAAACCUUUUCUUCAAAUUCAAAAUUCCAUUUUUCAGCCAUUCCUUACAACCUCUCCGACGCUGGAAAAUCGCAACUCGACGAAUCGAUUCAAAUCAGCAUGCAAAACUUGAUGUUCUACUUGAUCAAUCAAAAACCAGACCAAAAACAAUCCAAUGUCAAGUUUACAUCAAGAUAUGCAUCUAUAAUGGCGCUCAACGAAACUUUCAUUAAAAUAAGCGGAAUUCAUAGUGAGUAAAAAUAAUUUUCAAACACAAAAAAAACACAUUUGAAAAUUUCAGAACAAAAAAUGCGGGAAGCUGAUGCUCAUCGACAAAAAUUCCGCGAUUUUCUCAUCGAGCAACUCGUUUUUGAUUUUCGCGGAACAAAAUAA